CAGGUGGUCUUUUCAAACAGCUCUUACACUAAAGGACAUUAUCAUUUUCAUAGUAUUAUUCCAAGCUCAUAGUGUGGAUAUAUAGUGUUUGUGUGUAUAACACAGAGAAUUCACGUUUUUGUGUGCACUGAGCCUUUAACUCUGCCUCUGGUCUGUAAAAGUGUGUCACUGGGUUAAAGUGACUCAAGCGCCCAGGCAAGUGGGAGUGGCUGACAACUGGGUCACAUGGUUAACGCACUAUUUAGAACAUUGAGUACAGAAGAGUGGUUCAACAAGGGAGUUCGUCCAGCGUUUUUCAUCUUGUUACAUAUCUUUAAAUGUACAAAAACUAUUCAGGUUGUAUUAGAUGCCGCAUAAAAGUCUCGGGAAUUUUGACUGAAAGAAGACCAGAACUUGUUUUGUUCAAGAUACUGACAUGAGUGCAGAUAAUUAUAUUCAUGCUACGAAUACAGACUGAAAUAAGAUACAUUGUUGAGCUUUAGAUGAUCGACGCAUUUAAUUUGAGUUUGUUACAGUGUAACUACUGUGCUACUAAGGACAAUAGAACUUUGCGAUCCUUAAAGUCAAACUGGCGAGUUAUUGACAUUUAGUCAGCAUAGGUUGCUUUCUCCAAAUAUUCACGGAAUCGAUGCGCCUGCAGACAUGGGAUCAAUCAAGACUGGUGGUGUAAUAACUUACAUCUCUUCUGGCUCCGCCUCCAGCCCGGAGUCCUGUUUGAGUGACAGCUGCAGCAGCAGCUACCGGUGCUCCUCUCCGCCUCAUCCCUCACUGCCAAGCCGGGCAGUAGGAAUCAUGGUGGACAUCGCCCGCACUACAACAGCCAAGCACCCACGUAGCCACAGCACAGAGAAGACUGGGCGAUCUAUCUCCGCCAAGAGCAGCAUCACCAAGAUCAACGGCAUGGUGUUGUUGUGUAAGGUGUGCGGUGACGUGGCCUCAGGGUUCCACUAUGGCGUCCACGCCUGCGAGGGCUGCAAGGGUUUCUUCAGGAGGAGCAUCCAGCAUAGCAUCCGGUAUAAGAAGUGCCUGAAGAUGGAGAACUGCACCGUCAUAAGGAUCAACAGGAACCGCUGUCAGCAGUGCCGCUUCAAGAAGUGUCUGGCUGUGGGCAUGUCUAGAGGCUCUGUUAGGUUUGGCCGCAUCCCAAAGAGAGAGAAGCAGCGCAUGCUGCUGGAGAUGCAGAACGCCAUGAACAACAUGAUGAUGAACAACAACAGCCAGCUCCGCAGUAUGCUCCACGGCACCCAGAGUCCACCCUGCCCCAUGGAAGGGCUCCCCAAUGACGGCAGCUCUUCUUCCUCUGCCUCUUCUUCCUCAUCUAUCUCGUCUUCAUCAGGCUCCAACCCUUCCUCACCCCGUUCCGUUCAAGACUCCAUGGAGACCAGCUCUAGCUCCGCCUCUUCCUGUUCGUCGGAUAGCGGUGAUGACGAGGUUCCUCCUUCCAGGGUGUGUCACCAGGGCACAUUCACGUACCGCCGUGAGCAGCAACAGUCCAUCAAAGAGGAAGCGGAGGAGUCACCUUCGCAGGUCGCCGGGGAAACUGUAGAAGACAGGAGAGACAGCCGCAUGGAGGAACUGCAGGAGAGCUGGAACCGCUGCAACGACGAUGCCAGGGGUUACCAGCCUAGUUGCAACAGCCAUCAACACGUCACCAACGUUUCCUACCGGGAAGAGAGAGUUGUUUACCAGCAGCAGCCUGCGCAGCUAAACGGCGCCCCCAGUGGUGGCAUGCCAGAAGACUCCUGCAGCCUCCAUCACCGGAGCCACAACACAAUGCACAACGUACAGACUGUCUCCAAUGGUUACAGUGGACCAUCAUACAGCCUACAGGACCACAAGACAAACUUGGUCAUUCCUAGUCUCUAUGUGGACCCCAGCCAGUGCAGCCAGGAGAUCUGGGAGGAGUUCUCCCUGAGUUUCAUCCCGGCCGUGCGCGAGGUUGUGGGGUUUGCCAAGAGGAUCCCGGGCUUCCGAGACCUCCCCGAGUACGACCAAGUCAGCCUGCUCAAAAACGGAACGUUUGAGGUGCUUAUGGUGCGCUUUGCUUCAUUGUUCGAUGUGUCCGAGCGCACCGUGACCUUCCUGACGGGGAAGUGUUACAGCUUGGAGCUGCUGCGGGCCGGGGAGCUGCUCACCUCCAUGUGUGACUUCAGCGAGAAGCUGGCCGCUCUGCAGCUGGACAAGGAUGAGAUGAGCCUUUUCAUUGCCGUCGUCCUCGUUUCCGCCGAUCGUUCGGGGAUCCAGGACUUGAAGUCAGUGGAGGCGCUGCAGGACACGCUGAUCCGAGCGCUGCAGAGUCUGAUCAUGAAGAACCACGCCAACGAGACUACCACCUUCACCAAGCUGCUGCUGAAGCUGCCCGAGCUGCGCUCCCUCAACAACAUACACUCUGAAGAACUGGUGGCCUUCAAAGUGCACUUGUAAUGGGAAACUCACAAUAGGGCUCAUCUGACUCCUAAUACCCUCCUUCCUCACUUUGAAACCAGGCCUCGUCUGCCACUCCUAUACCAGGGCCUAGGGGAGAACUUAGGGACCUACCGUUUGCAGUCAACCAACUCAGUGUAUUUUUCCAGAAUGUAUUGAGAAGUUCUUCUUUUGAACUAUGUUGAUAGGGACAAAGGUCAAAGAAGAGAAGAUACUGUACUCUAGUCAUAGGAAAAGGCUUAAGAACUGAGCUAUUGCUCGUGUGUGUGUGUGUGUGUGUGCGGGGCUUGUGGUUUUACCAAGUUAGAGGCACCUUUCUAUUUUUAAAGAAAAAGAUGAAGAAAUGCUAUACCGGCUUUUUGAAAUGAUGAAGUGCAGAACUACUUGGUUUGUUUGUUAAAUCCAUUUAAUUCCAAAGUGUAUUGCUCACGAGCAAUGUGAAUGUGAGGAUUAUGCUACCUGUUGGAUGUUUCAUUCAAAGCGCAAUAUCAAAUGGUCACUGUUUUCGACCCAAUAUGUUUGAUAAAAGCCCUCAAGACUCAAUGUAAACAUCUAUCUUUCAAAAAGAAUGCUUGAUGAAUCUGACAAUUGCCGCAAUUGCAUGGCUAUCCUUAAGUGAACAACUUGACAUUUUGCUCCCAGCCCUCCGAGGAAGGAGUCAUUUAUUUAUUUUUGAAUUGUUCAACCUUAUUGUUAUGUUUACUGUCCUUCGUGGAGGGUAUUUCCUUUGUCUGAAUAUUUCAUUUUUGCAUGUCUUUGUUAGCUGCUACUGCCACGCCUCCUUCUGGGGAGUUGUUAAUAGUACACUUUUUCAGCAACACAACUUUGCACAUUGUGUUGUGGACUGUCAACCUCCAAAAUCACACAUGUCAGCACAGACCCACAUCAUGUGUGCAUGAUGUGAACACGAUGACACUGAAGUGUUCCUUAACUGAUUCCCCACCUUCCUCACAGUGAGGAGUUACUGGGUGGUUUUGACUUUGCCUCCUGACAUUUCAGCACAGCACUGACUUUAAAACUGAUAUUGUUUCCCAUCUGUUGUUGUUGUUGUUGUUGAACAGUCUGUAUUUGUCUCCAUUUACUGACAAGAUUGCCGUUUGUAAUUAAUAGUUAUGCUAUGUCUAUCAUAUAAAUAUAUAUAAACAGUAUAAAUAAAUACAAGUGAAGUUA